AUGACGUUUCAUCCCGAUUCUUUGCCCGAUCUCACUGGCACAACGUAUGUUGUGACCGGCGGAAACUCUGGCAUAGGUUACGGAACCGUCGCCCGUCUCGCACAGCAUGGUGCUCACGUCUACCUUUGUGCUCGCUCCAUCAGUAGGGCAUCCGAUGCCACUGCUCGAAUCAAGAGUCUCUACCCACAUGCGAAUAUAACGCUACUCGAGAUGGAUCACUUAUCUUUGCAUACGGUUGUCUCUGCAGCCAAAUUUGUGCUCUCCAAGGAGAAUGCGCUCCACGGACUUAUCAACAACGCUGGCAUCAUGGCGACUCCGUUUGGUAUAUCUGGCGAUGGACAUGAGGAGCAAUGGCAGACCAACUACCUUGCUCAUUGGGUCUUCACCUCUCACUUACUCCCCUUGCUGUUGAAGACUUCACAAGGACUCCCCCCAGGUAGUGUUCGCGUUGUCAACUUGUCCUCAUCCGGCCACUACUAUGCACCCAAUGGCGGGAUCAACUUUGACAGCACAUCACUGCAGCAUGAGAGCGGUAUGGCUCGCUACGGUCAAUCUAAGCUGGGCAACAUUCUCCACGCAAAAAUGCUCAACAAAUGCUACGGGCCUGGCUCGCAGCAUGCUGAGGCUGGCAAGGGCGAGAUAUGGACGGCUAUUGUGCAUCCCGGUCUGGUCGAAAGUCAGCUAGGUGCGAAAGCAGAGAUUGCUAAGCCAUUGAGAAUGAUAUUCGCAAUAUUUGGUUUCAUGGGUGCGCGAUUUGACAACGACAAAGGAGCGUGGACCAGCUUGUUCUGUGCUGCCAGUCCACAAAUGAAAGCUAACCAAAGCGGCACGUAUUUUCAAAGGAUUGCAGAAGCUGGCCGGGAGAGUGUUAUAGCAAAAGAUAUGAAACUAGCUGAGAGGCUUGAUCAAUGGACAAAGGAGAUUAUGAAAAAGGAGGGAUGGAUUGAAUAA